CCGGCGCGCCGCGGUUUGAAAGGCCCGAGCCUCGUGCGCUUGCGCAGUGAAGGCCGCACGGGGCGCACCCCCUGUGAGCCCCCCAGACUCAGCCCUUCGUGCAUCUUUUGGGUCAGGCGAAGCCCACACGACGUUGACAUGCCGGAGAUCCGCCUCCGCCAUGUGGUGUCCUGCAGUAGCCAGGACUCGACCUACUGUGCAGAAAACCUUCUCAAGGCAGACACUUACCGUAAAUGGCGGGCAGCCAAGGCGGGUGAGAAGACCAUCUCUGUGGUGCUCCAGUUGGAGAAGGAGGAACAGAUCCACAGCGUGGACAUCGGCAAUGACGGCUCGGCCUUCGUGGAGGUGCUGGUGGGCAGCUCGGCCGGAGGCACCGGGGAGCAGGACUAUGAGGUCCUCCUGGUCACCUCGUCUUUCAUGUCCCCUGCCGAGAGUCGCAGUGGCUCGAACUCCAACCGUGUUCGUAUCUUUGGGCCUGACAAGCUGGUCCGGGCAGCAGCAGAGAAGCGCUGGGACCGAGUCAAAAUUGUCUGCAGCCAGCCCUACAGCAAGGAUGCCCCCUAUGGCCUGAGUUUUGUACGGUUUCACAGCCCCCCAGACAAAGAUGAGGCUGAGGUCUCAUCCCAGAAGGUGACCAAGCUCGGCCAGUUCCGCGUGAAGGAGGAGGAUGAGAGUGCCAGCUCCCUGAAACCCGGGGCUCUCUUCUUCAGUCGUAUCAACAAGACACCCCCAGUGGCAGCCAGUGACCCGGCAGGACCCAGCUAUGCAGCGGCUACGCUGCAGGCCUCCAGUGCCGCCGCCUCAGCCUCCCCGGUCUCCAGGGCAGUAGGCAGCACCUUCAAGGUGAGAUCAUCAGACCCUGGGGGUGCGGAAAAGGAGGAGAAGAGCUGGAGGCCUCAGCACAACCCACCCCCUCAGCCUCAGGAGUCCCCCAAAGGCAAGAGGAAGCUGGAUUUGAACCAAGAAGAAAAGAAGACCCCCAGCAAACCAUCAGCUCAGCCCUCACUACCUGCCCUCAAGAGACCCAAAUUGCCAGCUCCCACCCGUACCCCAGCCACUCCCCCGACCCCUGCCCCAGCACGAGGGCCGGCACCAGGGAAGCCCCGAGGAGAUGGCGCUGAGCCCAGGGCCCCCCGCGCAGGCCCGCAGGAGCUGGGGAAGAUCCUCCAGGGUGUGGUGGUGGUGCUGAGUGGCUUCCAGAACCCCUUCCGCUCGGAGCUCCGGGACAAGGCCCUUGAGCUGGGGGCCAAAUAUCGACCGGACUGGACUCCAGACAGCACGCACCUCAUCUGCGCCUUUGCUAACACCCCCAAGUACAGCCAGGUCCUCGGCCUCGGAGGCCGAAUCGUGCGCAAAGAGUGGGUGCUGGAUUGUCACCGCAUGCGGCGGCGGCUGCCCUCACGGAGGUACCUCAUGGCUGGGUCAGGCUCAAGCAGCGAGGACGAGGGGGGCUCUCACAGCGGCGGCAGUGGGGAUGAAGCCCCCAAGGCUCCCCGAAAGCGCCCCCAGACCAAAGCCAAGCCCCCUCAGGCAGCUGGACCCAGCUCACCCCAGAGACCCCCAACCCCAGAAGAGACCAAACCAGCCUCACCAGGGGCCCAGGAAGAUAAUGAUGACACUGAGGCGGAGCAGGCAGAAGGACAGGACAACGGGGCAGAAGACUCUGGGGACACCGAGGACGAGCUGAGAAGGGUGGCCGAGCAGAAGGAACAAAGGCAGCCCCCUGGUCAGGAGGAGAAUGGCGAGGACCCGUACGCGGGAUCCACAGAUGAGAACACGGACCACGAGGGCCCCCUGGAGUCUCCCGAUCUGCCAAUUCCUGAGCUCCCAGUAUUAAACAAAACCCCCUUAGGCCUGCCUGGAACCACUGCUUGUCAGGGAUGGCUUCUGAGCCAGGGUGUCGAUGGACACCCCUCACCCCGUCCAGCCCCUGCACCGGCCUUCCUGUCCUGUCUGCGAGUGUCCCGUGGCUCCUGGCUGGCACCCCGGGACUCCAGGGAGCUUGAGGACUACAUGAGUGAGCGGGUCCAGUUUGUGAUCACCGCACAGGAGUGGGACCCCAGCUUUGAGGAGGCCCUGACGGACAACCCUUCCCUGGUGUUCGUCCGCCCCCGCUGGAUCUACAGCUGCAGCGAGAAGCAGAAGCUACUUCCCCACCAGCUCUACGGGGUGGUGCCCCGGGCGUGACAUGUGUGCGCACACGGACGCACACGCACUCACAUGCGCACACAUGGGCACGCAUACAGGCACGCAUACACACACACCCACACGAGUUUAAUAAAGGAGACUUGGCUUGGAG